AUGGAAACAACAAAAAAGUCGACAGAAACCAUGGCAACGAAAUUAUUGAAACAGCACUCUCUUCACAGUUUUGUCAAUAGUUGACAGCGGUUGAUAAUUCCAAGGUUUUAAGUUGACGAAAUAAUUUUAGCCUUAUUGUGAUCGUAAAGCAACAUUGGAUAAUAAUGGAUUGCGUAUUGCUACCAACCGAGGUAGAAUUUUACAUAGACACUAUGAAAAUUCAAAACAUGGAAAAUAUCGGGAGUCACCAAUGGUUGGAAUGGCACAAGAGACUUCAAAAAUUGAACCAGGAGGCUAUGAUUGAAGCGUCUGCAGUGAAGGAGGAAUAUGUGAAAGAGACGUUGAUUUCCUUCAAUAAGGUGAACCUGCUGAUUCACGAAGCCAUCCUAAUCAACAUAUGGAAGCACAAAGUCCUGCCGCAACUUCUAAAAAUGGACCCCUAUCCCGAGAGCACGAUGGUCGCCUACUCGGUUCUGUAUCACGAAGCAGUCUGCGUUUCGCUGUUGGAAUUGGUCACGUUCCAUUCAAACUGUUGCGAGGCACUGGAGGACAACGCUCUAGAACUGCUAGAUUAUUGUUGCGGAAACGCGUCGAGACUACUUUCUGUUGAAUUCAGAGAGGCUCCUACUAGGGAAUCCCCCAAGGAAGAGCUGGACAGACAGAGAGAUAACCUGGUGUUUGAUAUCGGUAUAAAGUGUCUGAGUAUCAUCAGAUAUUUAUGCGAAACAAUGGAUAGGUUACCAUUAGCCAUUUGUUCGAGUAUUUACACCCAAUACGACAUACCUACCUUAUUCAUCGAAAUUUUACGUAAAAAACCGUGGAUCAAGGGAGAUAAGUACUUCGUUUCGGGGAAAUGGAGAGAGUGGGAUGGAGAAAUAAUUUGUCCCUCAGAAGCUCAGACUUUGCUUACGUUGAGACAUAUACUCUUGGACCAAGAGUGUCCGAAGUAUUACCAGGUAACGGAAUCGAGAAGAGCCCAACUUUUAAGCUUGUUAUCUUUCUUAACACCGGUUGUUUUGGACCAACUGUCCCCACUUAUCGAAUUAAAAUAUUGGCUCAAUCGUAUAUCUAUUAUGAAUCAACCAGCAUCCCCACCCAGGCCCGUUUUACUGGAGCCGUGUCUAGUAAUCAAAGAGGGCAUUAUGCGUCAAACUGGUGGUAACUGGAAAGAAAUGGCAAAACAACAGUUACCAGUAAUUUUCUGUAACAUGAAGGAACAAUUGAUGGAAAACGCAAAAAUAUUGAAUGAUGCAUACAACAUCGACCUAUUGGAAAAGUUUGAUGUCAAGAACACUUUACCUUGUGCAAGAUGUGGCAAAGAUUCCACACAGAGAUGUUCCCGUUGUAAAAAAUCGUGGUAUUGUUCCAGAAAAUGCCAGGUUACCCAUUGGCAACAGCAUAAAGAGGAUUGUACUCAGGUUCAAUAAAAUGAAAAUACUUCCA